ACUUCAUGCGCCCAUUAAAUUUUACUAUGUGGGACACGCCGGAUUAUGGUCUGGAAUUGAAAAUGUUUCCGAGCAACAAUUCGAUGUCAUCGUUAACAUUUGUGCGCAAGGACGUGCCCAUACCGAUGUGGAACUUGUUGUUGCUGCAACAUCCGGUGAAGCGGCACAACAAGCUGCGCACCGAGCGGCCGCGUGUGCUUUACAAUUCAUCGGUGCGGACUUGUGAAUUUUGGAAAUACGUGCGACGCUUUGGCGCCUGGAAUAAUGCAGCAAAGCAAAUGCUCUCGACUGGUGGCAGCAACUUGAGUUUGGACUGUCCGUUGAAAAAGGGCGUCUAUAGUCUGAAUGUGAUAACCAUACCGCCGGAUACGGCAUUUCUCAAGUUUAUGUAUCAUCCGAAUACGAUAUUUUCAAUACACGGCACUGUCUACUCGGUGAAUCCGAAGAACACAAGCAGCAAGCAGCCAAUUUGCCACUACGAGAUCAACACGACGGUGGUGAAAACUUGCUGA